AUCAUCAUGCCUGAACCAGCUAAAUCCGCACCGAAGAAAGGAUCCAAGAAGGCCGUCACAAAGACCGCCGGUAAGGGAGGAAAGAAGCGCAGGAAGUCCAGGAAGGAGAGUUACGCUAUCUACGUGUAUAAAGUCCUGAAACAGGUUCAUCCUGACACCGGGAUCUCUUCCAAGGCGAUGGGAAUCAUGAACUCUUUCGUCAACGACAUCUUCGAGCGCAUCGGCGGUGAAGCGUCUCGUCUCGCUCACUACAACAAGCGCUCCACCAUCACAUCGAGAGAGAUCCAGACCGCCGUGCGUCUGCUGCUGCCCGGUGAACUGGCCAAACACGCCGUGUCUGAGGGCACAAAGGCCGUCACCAAAUACACCAGCUCCAAGUAAAAUAACAUCCUGUUUCUCAACCAACCCAAAGGCUCUUUUAAGAGCCACACAUCUUCUUGUUUAAAGAGUUUCUUACAGAAGGUGUUUGUAGUUAUAAAGGAAAUCUCGCGCGGUCACGGAUGUGGUUUAAUGACGGGAAACUAUUCUUUAAGAAUCAAGACUUUAAACACGAAUGCAUUUAAAAUACUGUCAUCUGAGUUUUGUAUCUUUAAAAGCUAUUGUGAUAUUGUGUGUGUGUGUAUAUGCAUGUGUUACUAUAUAUAUAUGUAUAUAUAUACAGGUGCAUCUCAAUAAAUUAGAAUGUCGUGGAAAAGUUCAUUUAUUUC